AUUUUAGCACAUUUUGAAAUAUUAACUUUUUAGAUCAUACAAAAUGGACCACAAUGGUGGAAUAUGUUGUAACUCUAUAAAUAAUAAUCAAAUAUCAACAAAUUUCUUAAUUAAUCGCAUAAUCGCUGGCAUUUUGAGGGUCAAUUUGCUGGAAUAGGUUUAUUCGAAUGCUGUGUGUUUUAAAUGUCCAUUAAUAUAAGUUAUUAAACACUCAAUGGAUUCUCAGCGAUUAUUUAAUAUCGGCUGGCAAUUUCAGAACAGCAAUGGACCGAGCAAUCACAAUUAAUAACUUUUGGAGUAUUUCAGCUUUUGGUACUCGAUGUUGUAGUUAUUGUGAUCCAGACCUCAUUCAGAAUGCGCGCAUUGUGGAUUUUUCUGUUGAUUUCGAUGGCUCCGAUGGCAAUCCGAGGACACUUCGAAUUCAAUAAUGUAGUCUGCCUCGUGCGCGACAGGAUGUUCAUGGACUUUGAGUACUGCUACUUGAAGUCCGUGAAUCGCACCUACAAGUACCUUUCGCUAAAAACCAAGGUGUUCCACCUGCCCGUCGACAACUGCGAGACCAGGUUCCAGCUGAGGAUGCGCGAGAACAGGCGACUCCUGUACAACUUUGAUUUCAAGGUGGACUCCUGCAAGUUCCUGCGGGACCGCAAGCACGUGGUCGCCAACUGGGUCUACCAGACCUUCGCCCCCUACUCGAACAUAAAUCACACCUGCCCCUACGACCACGACAUCGUGCUCGACAAGCUUCCCGUGCAGCACCUGAACAAGCUGGUCCAGUCGAUCAUCCCCGAUGGCAGAUACAUGAUGAACAGCACAUGGAUGGUCGCGGGCAUUCCGCGCACCGAUGUCAUCCUAUACUUCACCAAGAGCUAAACAGUCAUAUCCAAUGAUAUACAAGCUCUUCAACCCAUAAGCUGAAAUAUUGG